AUGGGCGGAGGCGGCAAAGUACCGUACCCUAAACACGUCUGGUCCCCCGCUGGUGGAUGGUAUGCACAACCUCACAACUGGCGAGCGAAUACGUUGGUCAUGGGCGUGGUCAUUGCUGCGUGCGUGGGGCUUGCUUGGAGGGUUUCGGCCGAGAGAGAAUUCAGGAAUAAGAUGCCAGAGAAGGGUGUGUUUUUCCCGAGCCGGUAG